AAGCAUAUCAGCCUAAAACAAGAAUUUGUAGUAACAAUGGGGAGCAAAGCAAAAGCAACGGAGUCUAGGCUGACUCCUCUUCUUACCACUGUUUUAGUGGUAUUUGUUGCCCUUGGCUUGCCCUUGGAAACUGCAGCUGAUUAUUACAAGUAUUCAUCUCCUCCUCCUCCUCCUUACCACUAUUCCUCACCACCACCUCCUGAGUAUUCACCUCCACCAACCCCUGUUUAUAAGUUACCCCCACCAUCUCCUCCAGUUUACAAGUCCUCACCGCCACCUUACCACUACUCACCACCUCCGGUGUAUUCACCUCCACCAUCACCAGUUUACAAGUCACCGCCACCACCCCCUCCAGUAUACAACUCCCCGCCUCCACCAGUGUACAAAUACAAGUCCCCACCGCCACCUCCUCCAGUUUACAAAUCUCCACCGCCACCAAUUUACAAGUACAAGUCACCCCCACCACCUCCUCCGGUAUACAAGUCUCCUCCGCCACCUGUUUACGAGUACAAGUCUCCUCCACCACCUCCUCCAGUGUACAAGUCUCCACCACCUCCAGUUUACAAGUACAACUCACCACCACCUCCUCCCCCAGUUUACCAAUCUCCACCACCACCAGUUUACAAAUACAACUCACCACCACCUCCUCCCCCAGUUUACCAGUCUCCACCUCCACCCUAUCAUCACUACUACGGUUCUCCUCCUCCUCACCACUACUAAGCAAGUGCAUCUAAGUUUUGAGGCAAAGGAGAAGACAAUCGGUGUUUGCGACCUUCAAGAAGAUGUAGAAGAAUAAGAAUAAAAGCCCAAUGCGAGGAUGAUUCCAAGUUUCUACGUUACCAUUUCUACAUCUAAAUUGACUCUAGCUCCUGAGUUCCAUGUUUAUGGGGUUUGUACCGUUUUACGUACCAUGCAGUGCAUGCUUGUAAGGUUUUCUGUCCUGUUGGCAAACUGCAGGUCCAUAUAAUAAAAGAAUACUAUUUAUAUUACGACACUUUUCUCUC